CCUAAAACCCUGAAAACUAAAACCCUACAUCUUCAUAACUUUCAUUUCAGGUUUUACUACCUCCUUCACUUUUCAACAACUCCAUUUCUCUGAUAAUCAGCGCCAUUCCAUACAAAAUGGCAAGCUCUAUUCUCAGAAGAUCUUCUUCCAUAUUCUCACGGUGUUUCUUCGCCGCCGUAACUUCCAUUGAACCACUUCUGUCACGUCGCAACAGCCACGCCUUGUUCUCCGCCGCCUACGGCAAAGGAGACAGGCUGUUUCACGCCAAAUCUGGACCGUUGAAUUUCCACUCGUCGCUGGUUUCUCGUGGUGCGCAACUUGCUGUGGAUUACGACGACGACGCACCACACAAUGAAGGGGACGAAGGACUGGAGAUCGCGGAGCUUGGGAUUUCUAACGAGAUCGUGAAUGCUCUUGCAAAGAAAGGGAUCACGAAGCUCUUCCCUAUUCAGAAAGCUGUGCUGGAACCUGCUAUGCAAGGGAGGGAUAUGAUUGGUCGAGCUAGAACAGGAACUGGGAAAACUCUUGCUUUCGGGAUACCUAUCUUGGAUAAGAUUAUUAAGUUUAACGCUAAGCAUGGGAAAAGAAGAGAUCCUUUGGCUUUGGUGUUGGCACCGACCAGGGAACUUGCACGGCAGGUUGAAAAGGAAUUCAAUGAGGCUGCACCUAACUUGGAAACAGUUUGUCUUUAUGGGGGUAUGCCUAUUCAGCAACAAAUCGGCCAACUUGGUGGUGGCGUAGAUAUUGUAGUUGGCACACCUGGACGUGUUAUUGAUCUUCUCAAAAGGGGUUCCCUCAAAUUGAAGGAUGUUAACUAUUUAGUUCUUGAUGAAGCUGAUCAGAUGCUUCAAGUGGGAUUUCAAGAAGCGGUGGAGAUUAUUUUGCAGAAGUUGCCUUCAAAGCGUCAAACUGUUAUGUUCUCCGCAACAAUGCCUUCUUGGAUAAAGACUAUUACACGCAAAUACCUGAACAAUCCCUUAACCAUUGAUCUUGUUGGAGAUUCUGAUCAGAAGUUGGCAGAUGGAAUUUCAAUGUACUCUAUUGCAUCUAACGCCUAUGCUAAAGCAGGAAUUCUAGCACCUCUUAUAAAUGAACAUGCUAAAGGAGGAAAGUGUAUUGUUUUCACUCAAACCAAACGUGAUGCUGAUCGACUAUCACAUAUAAUGUCAAAAAGCGUUAAAUGUGAAGCUUUACAUGGAGAUAUUUCACAAACUCAGAGAGAAAGAACUCUUACUGGCUUUAGAAACAACUAUUUCAAUGUUUUAGUGGCAACCGAUGUUGCUUCCCGUGGGCUCGAUAUACCAAAUGUUGAUCUUGUAAUACAUUAUGAACUUCCAAAUUCUUCAGAGAUAUUUGUUCAUCGAACUGGACGAACGGGACGUGCUGGGAAGAAAGGGACUGCUAUUCUUGUCCAUACAGAAAAUCAAUCCAGAGCUGUACAAUCAAUUGCACGAGAUGUUGGUUGUACAUUCACAGAGUUACCUAAGAUCGCUGGUGAGAGUGGAUCAGAAGACAUGUUUGGUAGCACGAGUGGGAGUCGAUAUGGCUCUUCAGGAGGUAGGGAUCGUCGAUCAGGCGGCUCGGGUAUUGGUGGUAGUUCUGGAUUUGGCCGAACUAGCAAUGUUAAAUCCAGUCGCUUUAGCAGCUCUGGUUCAAGUCAGUCAGAAGGUGGCUUUGGGGGAUUUUCUGGUAAAACAGAUAAAUAUGGUGGUGGAGGAUUUGGCAAUUCAGGUCGUUCUAGUGGCUUUGGAAAUUUUGGAUUGGGUAAAUCUGGGUCAUAUGGGGGAAGAAAUUGAUGCCAAAACAUACGAGAUUAAAGGGGGUGGCUUUGCUGCUGUUGGGGAUAACCCAAUAAUAACAGAUAAAAUAGAGGAAGACCCUUUUAACUCCUGGUAAGUGCACACCAUCUUCACUUGAUGGUUAAAUUUUGGGUUAUUGCAUAGUUUAAUUUACUAAUCCCCUUAUCACUUGACAUGGAGAAAGUUAUGGCACGCAAAUUAUUCAUUCUGUUUUAAGGGGCAUUGGAUUUUUCUUUCUCGGGACAGUCUUCAGUUCAUCCUGAAUUCCAUCCAUAGAUAAGUGGAGGGGGUGCUGUAUCCUGUGCUGCACGUUCCCGCCUCUACCAUGCAUUUGUUUGGAUUAGUUUCGUUUGUUCUCUUUUAAGUUGUGUGGUAGUUUAUACUUCUGAACAUGUGCCGGGUGAGUUGGGGCAAUCAUGAAGAGCCAGCUUUAUAUAGCAAUGGUGAUAUGUUUUAUUUAGUAGUUGUUCCUCAGUAUGUAACAGGCAGAUAUACAACAUUUCAGAAAUAGGUAGGGGGUGUUCUCUUGUUCAACAUUAUAGUCGUUACAUUUUGUUAUACAGGGAAAUUCUCAUCAUCUAUGUAAUAUGUAAACUUAUCAAUAACUUUUUUUUCUUACA